UUACAGGUUUCCUAUACAAAGACCAUUGAAAAAAGAGCUGUAAAUGACGGAGCGCUAUGAAUCGCCCGAAGUGAAGGCCGUAGUGACCAAGGAAGAGAUUCACAAGAGAUACCAAGACGCUGCUCUGAUCAUAUUUAAAGAGCAACAAAGUAAAAAAGAACUUGUUAACUAUUUAACUUUUGGGACGAGUCGCAGAACCAUGGAAUAUAGUAGCUACGGAAACCACCCUGUUAUUGUGCGGAGACCAGUCGGCUCUUUGGCAACUCGUAACGAUAGUACCAUAUCCUCACAAAUAUCAAGGAUAUAUCGAAAGCCUCGAGAUAGCUGUGCAAUAAACUAAUUUACGACCCAAUUAUGGUUCUCGAUUGUAAAUUAAACGACCGUGUCUCUAUUUUAUA